CCUAUGGCAGAGUGGCGGCAAGUCCGUAGGCGGCGCUAUCGCCCAAGCGGGCGCGCCCAAGGUCUCAAAACAGGCGGCGCGGGGCCAAUGGGCGUGUGCAAGCAGGAGCACGGCCGUUUCAUCAUCCCAUCUGGGUGACUGCAGGAACGACGCCCCCCCAGUCGGGCAGGCACACCCCUCGUUGCCGUGCGUGCCAUGUCCGACUCCCUCGCCUGUCUGCUCUUGUUCCUCCAACCUCAACUUCCUCCACUCGAGGGCGGAGCUCUUUGCUAGUCUUUCCUUGACACAGGUCGCUUCAGACCUCUUGUUCCUUUUCUUGUUCAUCGUCACUCUCUCAAGGCUCACACGCCUACAACCCAUCUACAAUCAUUACCAUCGAAAACAGGGGAAGACACGCCGGUUCGUGCUCCCACUUGCAAGCUCAUCGCGAGCAACGCCAAUCGAGUCGAAACAUAUCGAAUCAUCAAACCAAUACAUACCAAUCCACAAUUUCAUCAUCAAUCUUCUUUCAUCUAUCAAACCGUAAAUAUGUUGGGCUUUCACAGAAGAACACGCUCCUUAAUCCCCGUCAAGGAUCUGGGCAAAUACGACAAAGUGCCGCUGGACGAGGCAGAGUCGGACGCAGAAUCGAACGCUGGCGAGAUGGAGAUGGAAAUGGACAUGGGCAACGCAUCUUCCCGUCCCGAUGUCAAGGCUCGCCAGCUUCAGCUCUACUUGGUCUAUCUGGUGUUCCUAGCCGAAGCAAUCAUGGCCUCGAGCCUUCAACCUCAACUCCAGAUGCUCAUUUCGGGCGACGAAUUCUGCGGCAACAUUUCGACCAGCUACCUGAGCAGCAUCCUCGACUGCGCAUAUGCGUUUGGCGGCACAACCGGCCUUUUCUGGGGUUAUCUGGCGGAUCGCAUGGGGAGACGCCGCGUCACGCUCAUGGGACUCUGGGCCAUGCUUGUUUGCUGCUUGAGCAUGGGCUUUGCGACCGAUUUGGCAACCUGCACCAUCUUCCGAUACUUUGCGGGGCUCGCCAGUUCCACCGUGGUGGUCACAACUUUGGCCAUGCUCGGUGAUCUGAGCGAGAGCAGCCAGGAAAGAGCUGAGAACGUUGCGCGCUUGCCCAUGAUUGCCCUGUGUGGUUCCAUGGGUCCCAUUGCGCAGAGCAUGGUUUCGGAGAGCCUUCGUGCCUCAGGUGCCUUGUGGGAGAAGUUCCCUAUCCUCGGAUCCCAGCUAGUGUGCAGCAGCAUUGUAUUGACAAUCGCCACUGUAGCUUCCAUCAUGCUCAAGGAGACGCUGCCUAUGGAUUUCAACCGCCACCAGAGUGCUGUGGAUCUUGAUUGCGAAAAAGCUGCCUUCCUUACCUCGAGCGAUUACGAAGAUCCAAGCGUCGAAGUCGUUGACUUUGUUCGCCCAGAUCGCAUCUCCAUCAACCAGUUUCUUUCCGCGCCUUCCUUCAUGGUCCUCCUGGCUUCUUUUUCGUUGCUUUCUCUCCACGCAUCCACGUUCGACGUUUUGCUUCCCCACUUGGGUCACAGUGACUCUCAGCAUGGCGGAAUGGGCAUCUCGUGCUCGUGGCUAGGUCUUACAGUGCUGGCAGUGAAGGCGGUCGCGGGCAUUACCCUGGCGUGUGUUAUCCCAGCACUUAUCAAGAAGUUCGGUCUGCUCAAGCUAUACCGCUUGGCUUCCCUUCUGUUCCCUGCCGUCUACUUGGCCACCCCGCUCUUGGCCAUCGCAGCAGCGUCCUCGUCGGGCUUUGUGGCUGCUACUUCCACCUUUGCGCUCCUUGUGAAACACCUCCUCACCGGUGGAACCACCAUUCUCGUGGCUCUGUUGGUGCUCAACACCACACCCGACGCCUUCUCAGCCGGCACUGUGGUCGGGCUGAUGCAGGUUGCCAGUCUCUUCAGGGCGCUUGCCGUAGCCGUGUCCGGAGCCAGCUUCUAUCUUAGCAACGACAUGAAGGUAUCGACGACCAACUUUGCUCUCUGGACGUGUCUGGCGCUGUUUGGCGCGGUCGGAGCAGCAUUGGCCUACUUUGUGCGCGAGCGGCCCAGCGUCGAGCGUGAUUUCCCCAGCGAAGUCCUAUGCUGGGAAACGUGCUUCGAUGCAGACGCCGAGAAGAUUGCUUUCGAUGACUGA